CCGUUACGUAGUGACGAAUUGAUGGAUCCCCCCGGCCGACAGCACCCGAAGCCGAAUUGACUUAUUAAACCUGGUCGACAGUUGCAAGUUCGGACCAAAAUAUUCGGAAAGUCGAGAACAUCCCGACCUCAACAAGUCGCCAACCAGUGAUCGCGGAACCCACCAACCCAGGCGAGAAGCUGCAAUGGCCUCCUCUCCAAGUGCCCUCGGCAACCCGAUCGAGGCUGCCACCGCGAAGAUCGACAAGGCCGCUGACAUCGUCCACAAGGAGGCCGCUACCAUCGUUACCGAGCCCAAGCCGCAUCAACACCAGGUGGAGAACCCCGUCAUCGAGGACCACCUGCUUGCCCCCGCUACCGUCAACUCCAUCGAGAUCCAUGGCGCCAACAACACCCGCCGCGGCCUCCUCGACCACCUCUUCAAGCCCCUUGUCGAGGAAAGCACUAGCCCCGAUACUACCCUAGGCGAUGUCCUCGGUCGCAUCAGCACGGCCACCCAGAAGCUUACGAAACUCGGCAUCUUCAAGGAGGAUGGCUUUGGUGUCUUCAUCUCGGAUGCCCGCCAGAAGCAGCAAGAGCAGUUCCAAUCCCCCACCGACCGCACCGAGCUCGACGUCUCCAUCCGCGUCAAGGAACAAUCCCGCCUCGUCUUCAGCGCUGGUACCGACUUUGGCAAUGCUGAGGGCUCCGCUUACACCAAUGCCGUCCUGCGCAACAUCUUCGGCGGCGCCGAGACUCUUUCCGUCAAUGCUGCCACCGGUACCCGAACCCGGUCCGCUUACAACGCCGUCUUCUCCACCCCACUGAACGGCAACCCCGAUAUCCGUCUUGCGCUCGAGGGUCUGCGCUCCUCUACCCAGAAGCCUUGGGCCUCGCACGACGAGCAUCUUACCGGCGGUAACCUCCGCCUCGCCUGGUCGACCGACAAUGGCGAUAACCACGCGCUCGGCUACUCUGGUGUCUGGCGCCAGCUGACUGGCCUCGCCGCCUCUGCCUCGCCCACCGUCCGCGCUGACGCCGGCGACUCUCUCAAGAGCUCUAUUACCCACACCUUCACCCGCGACCGUCGCGACAGCCCCAUGCUCCCCCAGGCCGGCUACCUUUUGCGCACCGUCUCUGAGCUUGCUGGUUGGGGUCCCCUCAAGGGUGACGUUUCCUUCGCCAAGUCCGAAGUCGAACUCUCUGCCGCCCAGGCCCUCCCGCUUCCCGGCAUCUCCGUCGGCGCCAGCUUCCGCGCCGGUCUCCUCUACCCCCUGCCCAAGGGCUACUCCCUCUCCAGCGCCUCCGUCGCCCCUAGCCGCAUCAACGAUCGCUUCCAGCUCGGCGGCCCCACCGAUGUCCGUGGCUUCAGCAUGGGUGGCCUCGGCCCUCACGAUGGCGCCGACUCCGUUGGAGGUGACGUCUUCGCUGCUGGAUCCGUUAACAUGCUUCUUCCCCUCCCCAAGGCUGGUCCUACCUCGCCCUUGAGACUGCAACUGUUCGCCAACGGUGGCCGUUUGGUUGCGCUGCAGGGAAAGAAGGCGGCUGAGGGUUCGAUGUCGCUGGAUUCCGGCGCUGUUGCGAGCGGCAUGAAGAGCGCGGUGGCGGAGUUGGCGAAUGGCCUGCCCAGCGUUGCGGCUGGCUUUGGUCUGGUGUAUGCGCACCCCGUGGCGAGGUUUGAGUUGAACUUCAGCCUGCCGUUGGUUGUAAGGAGAGGCGAGGAAGCGAGAAAGGGGCUGCAGGUUGGCGUUGGUAUUAAUUUCUUGUAAAGGCUUCCGAGGCAUGAGUAGGAAUCGGGAGGAAUGAUAUGGUAAGGCGUCAAAAACCCUGACCCUUUGCCUGUCCGUGUAGCAUCAAUGUAUAAAUAUCAGGCGAUGCUGUAAGAAUAAACAUUGCGAAAGGACGCCGAAGUUUCAUUCUUCCCAUAUUGCCCUUUAGUGCCCUAGUAGGACGUCUUGGUGCAGUCGGAAGCCCAAUUCCGCAGAUUUCACAGUUUGUUCGUUGGUCAAGCGCCUCGCAUGGCUGCACGACUUCCAUCUCGCGC